AGAGAGUGAGCACACGUGAGUGAGAGGAGGCUUCCCAGAGCCAGUGUGUGAUUAUACUGCAGGCAGGAUGCCUCGCUAUGCGCAGCUAGUGAUGGGGCCGGCCGGCAGUGGCAAGGUGGGAUUAAUACUUGAUAUUAUAGAUCAUUUCCUCAUAUAGAAACUAAUCUACACAUAUCUGCAGGCAGGGUCACCCAGCACACAUUGUUAAAGGGCCAGUCAGUGUCAUUCGCUAAACUGAUCAUUGAAUAGAGAAUUAUAAAGCCCAGCUGGAAAGGUGAACUGGAGAAUUCCCCCUUUUGGCUGUUUUUGCUAAAAGGUCAACUUUUCUAGUUCUUUCUCCCCCAUUCUCGACGGUUCGUUUAUAGAUUUUAUUCACCAAACUGAUUUGUAGAGAUAUUUCAAAGAAGUUGCAAAAUGGGGGUGUGUGUUUCUUUAAAACAAAAAAUACUCUCCGUUAGUGUAUUUACUAAAUCCUGAGUAUAUUAUUAGUUCUCAAUCUAGUUGCAAAUAGGUGCAAUUUAGCAGAUGCUUUGGGGCUUAUUCACGAAACCGGAAAUUGUACUGAAUAGAAAGUUGAAAGAUAACCUAUACCCACAUUUUUUUUAUAUUCUUAUUUUGAAGCACUAACAGUAGAGUGAAAGUUCCUUGAUCCGUUACCCCAGUAAAUGUAGCAGCAUUCAAUGGGGGAGAAUAAAGCAGUGGGAAUAAGUUAAAAUAACUAACUUCAGCUGCACUCCCACCUUGUCCGCGACAGUCAUACCGCAAAGAAGCUUCAUGGAAUGUCAUAUACAUAGUGCAUCCAAAGAGACACUCUAUAUUUUCUGCUUAGCAUAUACAUUAAAAUAAAACUUGAGAUUUUUUUCUUUUCUUUUUUUUUUUUUUUUAUAAACAACCAAUGCUAGCUAUUUGGUUAUGCGAAAUCUCACUAAUGACGUGUCUCUUUAAAAAUAUGCAGGGAUGGGAAAUUCCUAUUGCCUGACCCUGUAAUAUGCAGUUCCAGAUGCCCUGCUGGCAUGCUUUUUUUAAACUUGUAUUUUAUUAGAUUUACAUCAAAUGAUACACACGCAUAAGAAGAAGUGCAUUAAUGGGCACGCAAAACUACUCUUAAAAUAGCUCAGUGCCACAAGUAUAGCCAUUAAACUUCAUACAACACAAGGGAAAUAUUUGGAACAUCCAAGUAUCCAGUGUACUUGUGCUGCAGUUCUAGAAUGAAAGCCACCCCAUCUCCCCCUCCCCAGACCUCCCAUGCAAUAUUAACCCCUUAAGAACUGAGCCAAAUGUACACAUUGUGAUCAAAACAAGACAAACAAAAAGUGAAUUUGUGCAAUAUAUGUCUGUUCAGGCGUAAUUCGCCUCUUUCAUAUUAUGUGCACCUAACACUUAUUAUAUAUCAUUUUAUUCAGGGGAAACAGGGCUUUCAUUUAACACCAAAUAUUUAGGUAUGAAAUGUAAUAUGAAUAAAAUAUUUUUUUUUUUUAAAGGGGAAAAAAUUAAGAAUUUUUUUUUAGUUCUAUGUGACAUUUUAACUGUGAAUGUCAUAAUACUGUUUGCUUUUACUGCAAUAAAAUACACAUUUGUAUUCAGUGAUGUCUCACAUGUAAAACAGUACCCCUAAUGUACAUGUUUUAUGGUGUUUUGGGAAGUUACAGGGUCAAAUAUAGCACGUUACAUUUUUCUGUUUUUUCCACAUUGAAAUUCGCCAGAUUGGUUACGUUGCCUUUGAGAGCGUAUAAUAGCCCAGGAAUAAGAAUUACCCCCAUGAUGGCAUACCAUUUUCAAAAGUAGACAACCCAAGGUAUUGCAAAUGGGGUAUGUCCAGUCUUUUUAGUAGCCACUUAGUCACAAACACUGGCCAAAGUUAGUGUUAAUUUUUGUGUGAAAAAUGCAAAAAACUAAUUUGAGCGCUAAUUUUGGCCAGUGUUUGUGACUAAGUGGCUACUAAAAUAGACUGAACAUACCCCAUUUGCAAUACCUUGGGUUGUCUACUAUUGCAAAUGGUAUGCCAUCGUGGGGGUAAUUUUCAUUCCUGUGCUACCGUACGGUCUCAAAGGCAACAUAACCAACCUGGCGAAUUUCAAUGUGAAAAAAAUGAAAUGCACGCCUUAUAUUUGACUCUCUGACUUUUGAAAACACCAUAAAACCUGUACAUGAGGGGUACUCGAGAGACUUCGCUGAACACAUAUUAGUGUUUCAAAACAGUAAAACUUAUUACAACAAAUUAGUGAUGUCGCGAACUAUUUGCGAACGGUUCACGAACUGUUCGCCACGGACUCUGGUCAGCUGACACAUCCCGGCCAAUCUGCAGCAGACUCUCCCUCCCACCUCCUGGACAGCAUCCAUUUUGAAGGCAGCUUUGAAAUGGAUGCUGUCCAGGAGGUGGGAGGGAUUAUACUUGCUUAAGAGGGCCAGAAUCUAAUUCUAAGUGAGUCACAACCUUUCUUACCAGAUACCCCCUGGACAGAAGUUUUACUUUGAAAACUUGAGUAAGUGAUUAGGGCUUCUGUUAUUUUAUCCCUUUUGGUUUUAUCUGUUGUUGGUGUAAAUAAUUUGAUUGUCAUCUAUAUUUUGUAUGCAAAAACAUUUUUAUUUUGCUUAUAAUAAAUAUUCCUUUAUAAAGUUCUGCCUUUGGUAAAGAAUCACGUUACCUGAAGAGACAAAUUCCUUUAAUAUUGUGCUAGGUUGUAUUUGGUGGGUUUUAUUGUUGGUUUACCUGGGAGACCAAGGCACCCCAUUUAUAAAUUGUCUUGGUGGUGGCAGCGUUAAAAUAGUAAUAGUUAUAUUAAUAUGGUUAAGUGUGGGUGGUGUUUAACCCUUUCACCACCACAACUACGUCACGCACAAUCUUGAAGUAGGGUGCGUUUGUGACAUCCACUAUCCGAAAUAUAAAGUUGACUUGUUCCCAGAAAUUUUGAAUGGCAGUGCACUGCCAUUACAUAUUAAAUACGGUUCCCCUCUCCGCCUGGCAUCUCCAGAUGAAGAGGUUAUGGGGCCUGGAGUGUCUUUUUAAAAAAAAAAAAUGUUUACAUUUAUAUAUAAACUUUAGCCCUAACCAAUAGCACAUUAAAUUUGGGAUCUUAAACAAGUGGUAGAUGGACUUUUAGAUACAAUUUGAAACUUUUAAACCAGAUGUCUGUUUGGCCAUAGCAAUAAGCUUGUGAUCAUGCAGUUCAGAUCACUGAGUUUGUGAUGUGUUUAUGUUUCAGAGUACAUAUUGCUCCACCAUGGUCCAACACUGUGAGAAUCUGAACAGAUCUGUGCAAGUGGUUAAUUUGGACCCGGCAGCUGAGCAUUUUGACUAUCCUGUCAUGGCUGGUAAGUGUUUGGUUUUAAUGUGUCCUAUACUAGAUGCAAGUUUAUAGAACAUCCUGUACAUUGUAUAUCUUAAUAUAGAGAUAAGCAUAACAUUUGUUGUUGACACUGUCAUACAACAGUUAUAAGCAGUCUUCACAAUUUAUUUCCUUCUAGAUAUACGAGAGCUCAUUGAAGUUGAUGAUGUGAUGGAAGACAGUUCCCUAAGAUUUGGGCCUAAUGGAGGUCUAGUAUAUUGUAUGGAAUAUUUUGCAAAUAACUUUGAUUGGCUGGAAAGCUGUCUGGGCCACACAGAAGAUGAUUACAUUCUAUUUGACUGUCCAGGUGAGAGUUUAAUCAACGCACAGACUUUAAUACAUAUUUCUUAAUUCCCAAUGCAAAUACACAAGCAUUUCAGCUGUGUUGGUUGAAUUUGUUUGCCCACAUCAUGGAUUCUAAGUGUAUGUCAUACAGCAUGGUGAACACAAACAAUAGGGUUGUUCUCAGUGCUGUAUUGACUAGGCUUAUACUUUGAGUGUAAUAACAGUGGACUCUUGGCAUUAUUAAGGUGCAAAGUAUGUCUUGUGUAUUUCCUGUCUCCGUUGUAUUUUUUUAUUUUGUACAUUGCAUGAUUGUUAAUAUAAACAAAAGUAGGCAAGGCUGUAAAGUUCUGCUAUGGGGAGUCAGACCCCAGAGCACCAUAACUACUACAGUGCGCAAACAAAACAAAAAAAGAAAACCGAUGAUGUUGCCCACUUUAUGCAGCAGCAUAUGUUGGAGGAAGUAGGUUAGCUUGUCUAUAAAAAGUCUUAUGCUAAUUAAUCCUGCAUAUUCGAAACUCUUUAUAUGUAUUUCUGGUGUCCUUUGUUUCCUAGGCCAGAUCGAGCUAUAUACUCACCUGCCAGUCAUGAAGUACCUGGUUGAGCAGCUCCAGCAAUGGGAGUUCAGAGUCUGUGGCGUUUUCCUUGUGGAUUCACAGUUCAUGGUGGAAUCUUUUAAGGUAUGUUGUCUUGCCUUUUUGUCUAAAAGAUUUUAGAGAUUUGUGACCUUUCUUACUCUAUUGAACUACAUUUUGUUUUUGUAUGGUAAAAAAAUACCUCUACGUUACAUCUAAAACAUGUAUCCUGGUUUAUUAUUAAAAGUUUAAGAGCAGGGACCACACCCAUCUUGGCCACAUUGAUAAUCUAGAAGUAACACUUUAAGUCAAUUUAAUUUUCUAUCAAUCAGAACAUUUGUCAUCUGGAGCAUGCUGGGGUGAGUUAGCAUACAGCUUUAGUGUUUAGCAUAUAGUGCCCCUUUAAGGCUGGGCAUGUGAUUAUCUAGUUUUUACAGUACAAGUGACCAUAUUUAUAAAUACAUAGCAAUCUGAAAUCUAGGGGAAAAUGUUCAAGAGAAACACGUGGCCUGAUUAGAAAUGCUCCAUAUCUGCUUUUUAAAAUUCCACCUACUAUAUUCUACUAUAUCAAUUAGCAGAGAACAAUGAAACACAAUACUGUUUAGAUUAUUGGCUACAUUUGAAAUUCUGGUAUUUACAUAGUUGAAGAGAACACAAAGUUUCACAUGAAAUACGUUUUCUACUCACUCCACUUAGUGCCCAAUUUAUCACCUACAUUGGUACAGUGUGAAAACUUUACCUUUACGUUGUCAUUUGUUAGCUAGAAUCCUAUUGUUUUGCUGUGUAAUGACCGUUGACAAAGAUCUUUUAGGAUUAUAGUGCUAACUUUAGUCUAAUAGCACAACGUUUAAAAACAUAUAAUAUCCACGUAUACACCUGUUAAAAGAAAAUAUAAAAUUAUGCUCAUGUAAAGCUAUGUGUCUUUUUUUUUUUGUAUUCUAUUCACUAAAUCUACUGGUAUCCUUAACGUGCCACUGCCUGUUCUCUUUCUCGCAGUUCAUUUCUGGAGUUAUGGCUGCACUCAGUGCUAUGAUCUCUCUGGAGAUUCCCCAGUGUAACAUUAUGACCAAGAUGGAUUUGCUAAGCAAGAAAGCUAAAAAAGAAAUUGAAAAGUAAGCUUGAAUCCGCAGGCAUCAUCAAGAGAUGUUGCAUUUGCUAUUUGCUGCUGACGCUGUGAAUAGUCCUAUAUGUUCUUUGAAUGGCUUAUCCAAGGCCCCAAUAAUUUCAUUUUUAUUGUGCUUUGAUUCUCCUCACAUUUCAUGACUGACAUUCUCUUUUGAAAGGUUUUUAGAUCCAGAUAUGUAUUCCAUGAUUGACGAUUCAUGCACCCGACUAAAAAGCAAGAAGUUCAAGAAGCUGACCAAGGCCAUUUGUGGAUUGGUGAGUGCUUGCUAUUAGCUCUGUUUUAUUUUUGGUUACUAUUAGUAUUUUUGUUGGGUUUUUUUUUGUCAGUUUUCAUUUAUAUAAAGUGUUGUUUUUUUUUUUUCUUGCAUAGUUCAUGAUUUAUUUAUUUAUUUAUUUAUUUUUUUUGUAUUUUGGAAAUCUCUAUUGACCAUGUGCCGCCUGCUCUGCUUUUGGCAAUGUGCCUAGUUAACUGUCCUUUUUUAUGAGCAACGCUAACCAAAUGUCAUUCUUUCUUUCACCUUUUAAAAUUGGCAAUAUUGGCUUUUAGUAUUCCACUGACUUACAUGCUGCGUCUUUUCCAGAUUGAUGAUUACAGCAUGGUUCGAUUUUUACCUUUUGAUCGUUCUGAUGAAGAAUGCAUAAACAUUGUGCUCCAACACAUAGAUUUUGCUAUUCAAUACGGAGAGGACCUGGAGUUUAAAGAGCCCAAGGUAAGCUAAUGAUAUCGUAACAAUACACAAUAUAUCAAUAACUGUUAAUGCGUAACAUAGCAGCAAGGGUACACUGAAACCAUGUCAUGAAUCAGUGGAGGGCAGUGCAAGGUUUUGUGCUAACAGAGCUGAGCACGGGAUGAUCUGCACCCGAAGAUUAACUGUGAGUUUCCUGUUGAAUGACAAGGGGUGGGUAUAGACCCAGCAAAUAGCCUCUCCAUUUUCCUUCAGCCAAAGUAUAAUGGUGUGAUAGUUGGUAGGUAUUGGUGGACUUGUGGAUCCACAAUGAUUCAAAUGGUCCAAAUACUUGUCCUUUAAAUUAAAAAUAAUCUCCUACCCAAUGUAGGAUCAUAGAGUAAAACUACUAAAGAAGGUAACCUCUCCCUCUAGAUCAUAUAAAAAAAGGAGAAGAAACUGCGCUUUAAAUAAAUUCUUACAUACAUACACUUGAUGUCCCUUAGUCGGUAUGGAUAAUAUAUCCUCAAAAAAAACACAAAGAGGGAAAUACAAUAGUGCAAUAUGUUAUAAUAAAAACCAGAAUUACUGUGUAAACUGAGGUAUUUCAAACCCACAUUUGGUAGAGCUAAUCAGGAGCUCUACCUUAGCUUGCACGGACGGUACAAUCCCCGUCUCGGGAUAGAGAGUUCAACUUUUCAAUGCUCCAAUGGUGUGGUGGCAUAAAAAUAAAAACAGAAGAGAGAGAACUCCAAUAGUGUAGUAGUUCUAAUUAAAAUGUGGAACAAAUAAAAUGAAGAUGAUUAUACUCACAUUUAUUAGAGCAGACAACUUGCUCUAGUAUAGAAGGCUUGCAGUGGUAUAAUCCCCACUGAAGGAUAUAUGAUACCAGGAAAUGAUGAGGAAGAUGAAUAAAAAUAAAGUAGUAUAUCACUUUAAAAUUAUAUUUAAUGGCAACAAGUAUUUGUAAUAUAAUAAAUAAAAAGGGCUAUAAAAGAUAACACUUUACGCGUUUCGCCUGAUCGGCUUCAUCAGAAGUGUAAAGUAAGUGUCCUCAAGUUCAUCAUUAAUAUAUAAACUUACAUAAGUAGAAAUGACUUCCUGGUGUGUUGUGGAACGCACGCGGCAACAAACCGGAAGCGGCGCGGCGUCCACGUGUACAUAGAUACCCGCCGUGGAACGCACGCGUCGCACCGGAUGUGACGCGACGUAACCACAGGCACUUUGAAUACAUGCGUUUCAGCAGUGGAACGCAUAGUGUCCGCGGCAUGUUUCUAUGACGACUGGAUACUUUCGCGGCGAUUACAGAUGCCAGAAAUCCUCUUGUGAAGAAGGGCCAAAUGUCUGAAGAUAUAAAUUGAUGCGUUCCAACAGUGGAGCAUAUAAUAGUCAUAAAAUGAUCUUGUGUUCAUGAAAAGUCUCUUAAAACAUGAUCCAAAGUUGAGUUCAAAUGUCUAUAUCAUGUAAAUCUCAGCAUUUUAAACCGAACACAUAAAGAAGAAAAAUAGAAAAAAAUAUAUAUACAUCAUAAGACAAUGUCCGACUUUAACCCCUUAAGGACGGAGGGCGUACUAUUACGCCCUGCAGGAGCCGGCUCUAAACGCCGGCGGGCGUAAUAGUACGCCCUCACUUUAAUGGCCGCCCAUGUGGCCGGCGCUAUUCGCCCGCUGCAGAUCGCGGUCGGGGGUAAUGCCCGGCCCCCCAGGCAACCCCCCCUGUGGCCGGUGACCGUGAUAUGCAGUCACUGAUCGCAGUGACAGGCUGUCACUGCGAUCAGUUUUUAACGUGUGUCAGCCGAUUUCAAAUCGGCUGACACACGUGGCCAGCGGCUACCCCGUGCAGAUCGCGGUCGGGGGACUUACCUGGGCCCCCAGGCAGUCCCCCUGGGGUCAGUGACCGCGAUCUGCACCUUCUGAGAUCGCAGUGACAGGCUGUCACUGCGGAUUUGUGCUACUUCUAGUUCAUUAUUUGCUAGAAAUGUAGCAAUUAUACAAUAAUACAAACUGAUUAGAGGUCUAUGUACAGUAAAAGACAGCAGAGACAAUGCAAUUAUGCAAUAAUACAAACAAAUUAGUGGGAUUAGAGGUCUAUGUACAAUAAAGGAGAGCAGAGACCAUUACAUUCCUAAACGUACAAAAGUUAUCUGAAAUGUCCUCAUACAGAUUUAGUCAACACAGCUUUCUUGCUGCUUUAUUUUUAUUUAAUAUUUUGAUUAACGACUAUGCUUCUCUACCCUUUUGAUUCCUUUUUAUUUAUUUUUUUUCCUCAAUAUAUUUGUAUUGCUUGUUGGAAAAUUAAAAGAAAACAAAAUGACAACCCAUGUAUGGGUCUAUUUAAAUAUACUGUUUAGAUGCCAUUGUCCACCCCACUCCAAAAAAAAUUAUGUCCACCCAAUAGAAAAGAGACGACAAAAAAAAAACCUACCACAUCACCCUAUUAAUAUUGAGGGUGGGCAAAGAAAACAAAAUCUGUUCUAUAGCAGUCUGUUUUAAUUUAAUUUUAUCUAGCACUAUUAAACCUUUGGGACCUUAUGUCGUGUAAAUUGUUUGUUUACUGUUUUACUCGGGAGACUUCGCUGAUAAUCACAAAUAUUAUGUGUUUCAAAACAGUAAAAUGUAUUACAACAAUGAUAUCUGCCAGUAAAAGUGAAGUUCUAAUUGCACUUUUUCAUGCCGGCACAAACAGCACCUUACACGGAUGAAAUAGUUACUUUUACUAGCACAAUGGGUUCCUUCCCUUACAAACCUAAAAUUUAUAAUGCAAAAGGAACCUUAAGUUACGUUCAUAUUUCACAAAAAAAGUUGAGAAACCGUUGGUAUGGUGCUUCCAAGAAUAAAUACCCCCUAUCAAAGAUUCCUUCCAAUAGUUGCCAGGCAAAAGGUCCAGUCUUUUUAAAAGCCCUUAGUCAAACUGGCCAAACUUUUUUUUAUUUUUCACUAACUUGCUGAUGUUGGCAGCGCGGGUGACCUAAUGGCAGCUGGACAUACCCCAUUGCAUACCUUGGUGAAAACUAUUCAACGUUCCUAUGGGGUAAAUUUCAUUCCUGCUCUAUAAGCGUCCAAAGGCAAUCGUAAAGAAUCCAGAAGUCCGUCUAGUGGCUGUCUGAUAGCCACUAAAGGAGGACUUAACCCUGCAAGGUAAUUGUUGUAGUUUAUAAAAACUGCAGGGUGAUGGGAGUUGGCACCCAGACCACUUCAAUGGGCAGAAGUGGUCUGGGUGCCUGGAGUGUCCCUUUAAGAAUUUACAGUACAGUACAGGAGCAUUCACAUAGAGGACUAGGAAUUGAAAUGUUGCACUGGAUAGAGGGUAGGCCUGUUUUCCAAUUUGCUUUUCUUUCAUUUUAAAUUGCCCAGUCCUCUAUAUGAAUGCUCCUGUACUGUAAGCAGUGCACAGUAAGAAGUGAAGGAACUCGGUGCCCUCUGCAACUAUAGCUAGAGAAUAGAGUUCCCCAGGAUUCUGUGUACUAGAACCCGAGCAUUCGUCACGUUCUAUUCUCUGCUUGGAGUGCUAGCUGUUACAAACUACAAUAAAUGAUCAGUAGACUUGCAUCCUCUGGCGGUUAAGAUGUACAUGUGGAAAUAUAUAAGAGGUCAGAUAUAUAGUAAUAUGAAUGGUAGAAAGUAAAAUAGCUAAAUAUUUUUCUUAAAUACUUGUACUACAAUUAGAGACAGAAUAUAUAUAAAAACAUUAGGUGCAUAAGAAAUUGGAGAAAUAUAUGCACCUAAUGUUUUUAUAUAUAUUCUGUCUCUAAUUUUUGUAAUUUUUAAGAGUAUUUUUUAAGAAAAUAUUUUUAAUUUUAAUUUUAUACAUAAAGUCAUAUUUAUAUGUAAUCUGUAUUUUUCAUUCUUAAUAUAUUUUUUUACACAUGUACAUCUUAUUUAAAGUCGGACAUUGUCUUAUGAUGUAUAUAUAUUUUUUUCUAUUUUUCUUCUUUAUGUGUUCGGUUUAAAAUGCUGAGAUUUACAUGAUAUGGACAUUUGAACUCAACUUUGGAUCAUGUUUUAAGAGACUUUUCAUGAACACAAGAUCAUUUUAUGACUAUUAUAUGCUCCACUGUUGGAACGCAUCAAUUUAUAUCUUCAGACAUUUGGCCCUUCUUCACAAGAGGAUUUCUGGCAUCUGUAAUCGCCGCGAAAGUAUCCAGUCGUCAUAGAAACAUGCCGCGGACACUAUGCGUUCCACUGCUGAAACGCAUGUAUUCAAACUGCCUGUGGUUACGUCGCGUCACUUCCGGUGCGACGCGUGCGUUCCACGGCGGGUAUCUAUGUACACGUGGACGCCGCGCCGCUUCCGGUUUGUUGCCGCGUGCGUUCCACAACACACCAGGAAGUCAUUUCUACUUAUGUAAGUUUAUAUAUUAAUGAUGAACUUGAGGACACUUACUUUACACUUCUGAUGAAGCCGAUCAGGCGAAACGCGUAAAGUGUUAUCUUUUAUAGCCCUUUUUAUUUAUUAUAUUACAAAUACUUGUUGCCAUUAAAUAUAAUUUUAAAGUGAUAUACUACUUUAUUUUUAUUCAUCUUCCUCAUCAUUUCCUGGUAUCAUAUAUCCUUCAGUGGGGAUUAUACCACUGCAAGCCUUCUAUACUAGAGCAAGUUGUCUGCUCUAAUAAAUGUGAGUAUAAUCAUCUUCAUUUUAUUUGUUCCACAUUUUAAUUAGAACUACUACACUAUUGGAGUUCUCUCUCUUCUGUUUUUAUUUUUAUGCCACCACACCAUUGGAGCAUUGAAAAGUUGAACUCUCUAUCCCGAGACGGGGAUUGUACCGUCCGUGCAAGCUAAGGUAGAGCUCCUGAUUAGCUCUACCAAAUGUGGGUUUGAAAUACCUCAGUUUACACAGUAAUUCUGGUUUUUAUUAUAACAUAUUGCACUAUUGUAUUUCCCUCUUUGUGUUUUUUUUGAGGAUAUAUUAUCCAUACCGACUAAGGGACAUCAAGUGUAUGUAUGUAAGAAUUUAUUUAAAGCGCAGUUUCUUCUCCUUUUUUUAUAUUGUCACUUUACAAGGCUGGGAAUCCUUGCACUAGUUACUGCUGCUUAUUUACUCUUUUUGUUUUGAAGCGAGCACCUGACACACCUCUCCUCUCCCUCUAGAUCAGUUUGGGAAUAAUAGAAAAUGGGAACGUUAAACAUAUGUUUAUAUGUCCAAUCAUUAAUAGAAAUUAUUGCAACUUACAUUUGUUUUUAGUUUUUGUGUUAUUAAAACUGUAUUAAUCUGUGGCUUUGUGUCAUAGUUGGUUUUUCAUUUAUUCUAACAUUUGCUUUAAAAUCUACUACAUGUUCAUAAUCAUUGCCUCUCCCCAUGUAACUGUUCUGAUGAUGUUAAUGCUGUUUCUUCUGACAGGAAAAUGAAGAGGACACAUCCCCAAACUUUGAUGAAUUCUUCCAGGACCGAGCAGACGAGCAGUGACAGUGGCUGUUUAAUAGUAGUUGGUAGUAGUUCAUAGAGAGCAAAGUGUUUGCUAAGCAGAUCUCAUUCACACUGUGUAAUGAAUACAAGGUGUAACAUCUCCAAUAAGUCUGCCAGAGAAUUGGCUUCAAAUGAGUUACCUACACAUCUGCCAUGUCACUUAGUGCCAUGUGUUAUAAGCUGAAAAGGUACAUUGUAACCCACAUUAUAUGUUAAAAAAAAGUUUCAAAAUGAAUGCUAGUGGGUACCAGUUUCCACUUAUGCUUUCUCCAUCAUAUACUUCCUGAUCUGAAGGAAACUACAUAGGACGUGAAGAACUAAAAUUGCCUGAUAGACAGGGGCUCGACUUACAAAAGGGACAUUUUCUUUUGCCCCUUGCAAUUCCAUGAAUGCUCAUCGGUGGUGCCUGCAACAACACACCGCGUUCUAGAACUACAGUUCCCUUAUUUCUACCAACCUAUAGCUGGGAAAGGAUUAUAUUCGUUGCCAUUCAUCAACAUCUGAGGGAUCAUAAGUCUUCACCCCCAUUAUCUGCACUUUUCUAAUUAGUGUUCAGUGUUUUAAAAGCCACUCUCCACUGUUGGCCUGUUGGGAAGUGGAGUUUAUUCAAUUCAUGUCCGUUUCUGGUACAUGUGUUUAGUCGUGCUGCUGGGCUGCUAUAUUGGUGAUAGAUAUGGGAUGUAGAAUGUUUCCUGCUUCCCUGGAUGUGAAGAUCCCAGUCUGCACCAGCUGAAAAGUUGACAUUUAAAAUACUGCCAGCUCCAUCCACAAAUAUCAUUUAACUUAAACUGGUUAUGUCUGGGUGGCUUUCUGAAUUGUUUGUAAAUCUGAAGAAUGUGUUAAUUUAAAGGUGUGGCACAUUAAUAUAGCUUUUACUUUGGUGAAAAGACAUUAUCAUGUUGCUGAUGUUAUUGAACAUUUCUUAAAACUACAGAGAUAACUUUCUCACUCCAUAUAAGUGUGGGGAAUUUAUGUGAAUACACAAUAAGGUUUCAAAAAAGUAAUUGCAUUGUCCUGCUAGAUGAGUCAAGUUCAGGGGAAUAAAUUCAUCCAUUAGUACAACACGCAUGGCAGAUUACCCUGCACAUCAUAUGCCUUAUAUUGGUUAGAGGCUAGAACAGGAGUAGUCCAUACUGGACCUUCACCCACUACCUAACUGAAUCUGAUACUUUGCUUGCCCCUUCCGUUGUUUUUGGCUGGCAAGGAUUUGUGCUACUUCUAGUUCAUUAUUUGCUAGAAAUGUAGCGAUUAUACAAUAAUACAAACUGACUAGAGGUCUAUGUACAGUAAAAGACAGCAGAGACAAUGCAAUUAUGCAAUAAUACAAACAAAUUAGUGGGAUUAGAGGUCUAUGUACAAUAAAGGAGAGCAGAGACCAUUACAUUCCUAAACGUACAAAAGUUAUCUGAAAUGUCCUCAUACAGAUUUAGUCAACACAGCUUUCUUGCUGCUUUAUUUUUAUUUAAUAUUUUGAUUAACGACUAUGCUUCUCUACCCUUUUGAUUCCUUUUUAUUUAUUUUUUUUCCUCAAUAUAUUUGUAUUGCUUGUUGGAAAAUUAAAAGAAAACAAAAUGACAACCCAUGUAUGGGUCUAUUUAAAUAUACUGUUUAGAUGCCAUUGUCCACCCCACUCCAAAAAAAAUUAUGUCCACCCAAUAGAAAAGAGACGACAAAAAAAAAACCUACCACAUCACCCUAUUAAUAUUGAGGGUGGGCAAAGAAAACAAAAUCUGUUCUAUAGCAGUCUGUUUUAAUUUAUAAUUUUAUCUCCAGCACUAUUAAUAGCCUUUGGGAGCCUUCUGUGUGUGGUUAAAGUUCAGUUUACAAAGUAGAAGAUAAAAACUUCUAAAGUACUUUUAAGAUCAUAGAAAAUGAAAACAUUUUUAUGUACUUUCUAGCACUACACUAUUUCUUUUUUUUUCAUUGUUGGUAUGUAUAAAACCUCACAUGUUUGAUAUGUUGUUAUCAGAGGACAAGAAAUACAUAUUCGCAUGUUGAGCAAGUGUUAGAACUGUUAAAUUUGUUUUCAAUGUACAGAUGAGGUUUUUAAAUAACAUUCUUAAUGCCAAGAAGGCUAUAUUUCUGUAAAGCCUUUACAAUGCAGUUUGAUCUCGUCCUUAUGCUGAUGUGUGAAUAUAAAAAUGUUGUGACAAUUAUUUAAGUCAAACAGUGGCUUUUCUGCAGUUCAGUAUUUAAUAAACAUUUUUUUCCAACAAA